AUGGAAAUUGGAGAAAACUUUCAGAUCGCGUUAAAAGUCAUCAACAAAGCGAUUUUCAUCGUGAUUGAUCUCCAAUGGAAAACAGCUACGAUUCACUUGAAAAGUCAAAAGUCCAUUGAGCAUCAGUUAGAAAUCAAAUUGGAGAUGAAACAGAUGCGAAUGGAAAGAUCCAAUCAAAAGUUGUUCAAGAAUGGGAAUGGAAACUUCCUUGGAGCGCUCGAAUUAAUUGCUCGCCACAAUAAAACAUUAAAAGAUCAUAUGCAUCUUAUUGCUAAGCACCAAGAAGAAGAAAAACGCAUGCAAGCUCAUUAUUUAUCCUGGAAAUCACAAAAUGAAUUUAUCAAGGAAUGCGGCAAAUUAGUGGUUCGAGAAGUUAUUCGAGAUAUCAAAAAAUCAAUAUGUUUCACCAUCAUCACGGACAGCACUCCUGAUUCGUCCCACAGCGAGCAAAUAACUUUUGUUUUUCGUUUUUUGCAUUUCAAUGAUAAUCAGCUGUGGGAGGUCAAAGAAAGGUUUCUUAAGCUAGAAGAACUUGAAAAGAAGAAGGGAUCUGAUAUCACAAAGUUGAUAUUAAAUGUGUUGGAAGAGAAUGAGCUCGACAUAAAAAAUUGUCGUGGUCAAGGCUACGACAACGGCGCUAAUAUGGCAGGUAUUUACAAUGGAGUUCAAGCUUUGAUAAGACAGAAUAAUCCACAAGCAAUUUUCAUUCCUUGCUCUGCUCACAGUUUGAACUUAUGUGCAGUACACGCUAUUGAAUCAUUGGCUCCUGCAAAAUCCUAUUUUGGAAAUAUUCAAAAGUUAUAA